AUGUCAAAAAAGCGUGAGGCCCCACCUGAAGGCGAGCGUCCUGCUACUAAGAGGCCAAAACAAGAAGACCUUUCCGUCCUUACGUCUGACCCAACAGGUUUGGCCGUAUUUUUGAAGAGAAUAGAGACGGAUACGGAUUACGACUUGGUAUACGAGUACCUGUCUACCCAGAAGGGUGAGGAAAUUUUGGCCCUGCUCGAAACUGGUUACGAACGCAAAUUCAAUGAGCUUACUGUAAUCCUCAAAGUUUUGGCUAUUCUUGUCCUCCGUACAAACACUGAUCUUGCC